AGUGAGUGAGUGCGUGCAGGAUACAGGGGUGAAAGAGUUUGGUUGGUUGGAAGCUCCACACUGGAUCUUAUUAAUUCAAAUGAGCUUCAGGUUUAACUGGUUUUUGUAACUUUUUUUUUUUUUCCUUUUUGUAAAUUGUAGAUUUAGGGUUUUAAAUAGUGGGAAGUGUAGACUAAUGCAAGUUACUGGAUCACUAGGGGACAAAUUUCCUGUCUGACCUACCAGGAGAUUAUAAAAAGUCUGGAAGACCCAUGGUGGAAUUAGAUCUGUGCUUGUGAGAACAGGAUGUCGACGCUGCCAUCAGAAAACAGCCCUGAAGAUGCCAACAAUCGCAGCUUCUGGAUGCCUGGUAACUAUCAGCGCACUGUAAAGCGAACAGAAGAUGCUUUCCAGGCCUGCAAUGACAUAGUGGCGUGUUUCCAAGAGAGAGCUCGCGUGGAGAGGCAGUACGCCCAGCAGCUCAGUGAGUGGAGCAACAAGUGGAAGCCAGUAGUGGACUCCAGUCCUCUAUAUGGAUCUCUUAUGAAGGCUUGGCAGUGUUUUUUGUCCUCCGCUGACCGGCUAGCCUCCUUACACGCCUCCAUCUGUCGCUCCCUGGUAUCAGAGGAUGGAGACCAGGUCCGGACCUGGCAGAAGGACACCUUCCACAAGAAGCUAUUUGGAGGCUUCAAGGAGUCCCAGGACAUCGAGACGGGCUUUGCACGUGCUCAGAAGCCAUGGGCCAAACGACUUAAAAAGCUGGAUAAAGCCAGGAGGGCGUACCACAAGGUGAGCCGUAAGGAGCAAGUAGCCAGGGAGCGAGAGGCACACGCUCAGGGAAACCCGGAUGUCGCCAUCGACAAACAAAAGAAGAUCCAGGAGGAGAGAGAGCUGGCGCAACAGGAGGCCGAGAAGGUUCGUUCCCGCUAUGAGAAAGUCCUGGAUGAGGUGAACCGCUACGCUCCUCGCUACAUGGAGGAGAUGGAGUCCAUCUUUGACCAAUCGCAGGACGAAGAGCGGAAGAGGAUUGUCUUCCUUAAACAGGCCUUCCUCUCCAUCCACAAACAUCUGGACAUUACCAACAAUGAGAGUGUGAGAGCCGUUUACAAUGAGCUCCACAACACACUGAUGGGCAUCGAUGAGCAAGAGGACCUUCGCUGGUGGAAAAACACCCACGGGCCUGGCAUGCCCACCGACUGGCCUCACUUCCAGGAAUGGACACCUGAAAAGAAAACCAAAAAAGGGAAGAAGGACGUGGAAAAGAAAGGAACAAUAGAGAGGAAUGUGAUGAUUGGAGGAGUGAAAGUCAGAGCUCUGUAUGAUUAUGUUGGUCAGGAGACAGAUGAGCUGUCAUUUAAAGCAGGUGAGGAGUUUUUGAAGAUCGAGGACGAGGACGAUCAGGGCUGGUGUCGGGGGAUGAAGGACGGAGGGUGGGAGGGGCUUUACCCAGCCAACUAUGUAGAGGUGGUGUAGUUAUCGCACCGUUAGUAGUUAUCGAGACCGAGAAUGAAAGAUCUUGUUACAUGACACGCUUUAUUUCACUGUGGAGGUCACAGCCUGGUGUCAGAAAAUAAACCAAGUAGCUGUUAGCCAAAGAUGUGGUCUGUGACGGAGGAUGUUUUAGCAUAUAGAGAUUUUUAAAAACACUUCCCAGGUUGUGUAACCUCUCGAAGGAUUUUGACAAAUGUUUUAAUAUAUACAGUAUGCAUAGACCACUUGUAUUGAAGCCAUAUGAUAAGCAAUGCUUUAAUGUAAAGAAAAAAAAUAUGCUGGACUCUCAAGGUACAUUAUAUAAUUGAAAUUGCAUUACAGGACUGCUAUUUUCUUUGAGCUGUUUUAUUUCUGUUUUUGCACCUCGACACAAUGCUAUUAAAAUGUUCACAAAGCCUCACAACAUAUGAAGAAAGUGAUGCUAAUACUGUGAUUAUCAUUAAUCUGAAAAAGCCAUGCAAGUGGAGUCGGUAGUUAGCUUUAUGACCUGUGUUUCUCUUUUGUUUUUGUGGUUUAAAGGAACAGGCUGAAAUUUUAGGAAUGUGGUUGUUUUGCUUUCUAACUCUCAGUUAGAUAAAAAAAAAAAAAGAAGAAGAUGGAUAUCAAUUUUAUCUGUGUGUCAGGUACAGGGGGAAACUAGCCCAGAAGCAUCAACACACAUUCCAGGAACACCAGUGCUGUCUUAGUUUGUGUGUUGUUUACUUCAAGCAACUAUGAUCAAUAUUUUAUAUUAACAGUGCAUCAGUUGACCACUUGUGUGUGGACGGGGUGAGAAAGGCCGAUCGUAGUGGAAAACCCAGAGAGGAUCAUCCCCCAGCUCUGCAGUUCCUUUCAGCUCUGUGGGGCUUUAUACGAUAUGUCGGCUCAUUGUUUUGGUUUUCUGCCCUGCAGCUUUUGUUUUGGUUCACUCUCGCUGCUCUCGUAGCCUUGAUUUUGGCUGCAGCAGGCAGCUGUUUUCAUCAAAAACAAACAACAAAAAAAAAAACCUCUGAAAAACCCACUGUACACUACCUGCUUGGCAUCAAACAGCAGACAGGCACAGUGAGCAACUAGCUGGUGUGAGAUAGUGGAGAACAAAACAGGAAAAAAAUGAAAGUAAAUGUUGGACUUGCAUUUUUAUCAGGUGGCCAGAAAUAUGAGUCCAAAUGAAUGUUCAUGCUGCUCGAUGUCUGGUGGAUGUAGCCCCUGAGUACAAACACACACAAGAGCAAAAGCACAAUAUUAAAGAAACACGCUCCAGAUCCAAAAAUGUUACAAAUGGUAAAAUGCAUUAAAGCAAACACACAAACAUAAAUUACCCCCCAAAAAAAGUUGUGUUCUCCCUUUAUGUGUGUUUUCCUUUCUGUUUUUUUUUUUUUUUUUUUUUUUUAGCAAUUUGCAGCUAUUUCUUUUUUUGGAGCCUAUUUCCCAUUUUUACUUUUUCAUUGGCUUUACGAUUAGACUUUUGCUUGUGCAGUGUGUUUUGACCAUAUUAAACAUUCAAACGUUUCUGCUGCUCCCAAGUGUCUAAAAGAGAAAAAAUUGGUUGUUGGAGGUUUAACCAACAGCAUGUACAACAGACCUCCGUUGUCAUGGCAGCAACAAUAAUUCUCACAGGAAACGAACAGUGGUCUCGUGUGAAAGUUUUCCUUGACCCAUCCAUCCAUCCCAACCUCCUCCUUACACAGACUGUCGCUAAACUUCGUCAUCUGACUUCCUCCUUUGUCGUCAUAACUACAACAACCACUAGAGGUCGCUAACUGUAAACUGACCCAGUGUCUAUAGUGUCAGAACAUAAUUCAGGUGAAUUGCCAGCUAAAAAUACACGGAAGACACUGACUGACCAGCAGGCACCUUUAAAAUCAUAUAUUGGGAAACCCCAAUAGGUCUUACUAGGUCUUACCCAACUUAAAGUAACAACAUGAGUUUUUUAAGCUACAUAAACAAUGGAGAAAGACUGAAACAUUGACUCCUUAAGUGGCCUUUGCAUAAUCACAAUAAUGCACUCUGAGUUACUGAUAUAGAGAGUAAUGGACUUGGCAGAGGAGACGGUGCCCCACUUUAAGUCUCAGCCUUCUUUGCCUCCUCUUAAUUAAUUAUUUCUUGUACUGGGACACUUUGUUGUGCAUUAUCACUUACAUAAUGUGUAAAUAAGACAGCUCUGCAGUUCAUGGAACACAUAUCUUGGAGUGGCUGAGGCUUGGGGAGGAACAGUGGUUUGUCCAUUAACUGCUGGGCUGGUGGUUCAGUCCUUGGCUCCUUCUGUCCACACUAAGCCUCAAGAUCACUCAUGAUGGCCAGACCAGCGCCUUGCAUGGCAGCUGUACCACCGUCAAGGGAGGUAGGACCCAUUACCCACGAGCAUCUUAAGGCCUAGACAAUCUUUAUUUUUCAUCUUAGCAUCAAGAUGCUUCUGGGACAGAGGUUCUAGGUCUGAACGUGUCCUAGAUGCAACACUAUCUCAGCACAUCCUUCCUCAUCAGAUUCUCAGUUUGACGCCAAACAUUCAUAUUUCUCAGCGUGUCGGACUGUUCCUUUAAGAUAAGUACUGGGGAACAAGUAGUUUUCCUGUCUGUCUGUAAUAUCUAAUCAUCUGUUGCUAUACUGUAUGCAUGACACCGAUCAUGGAGAGCAUCUUUACCAAAGUAAGAAACUGCUGGGUUUGCAUGUUUGUAUGUGCUGUGUGUAUUUGUCAUGUAAAAACUAUGCAUAUUCCCCAUGAAUCCUUUUUUUGCAAACCGCCAGUCUUUUGGAAAUAAAAUGUUAAAGUGUUACACAAACAAAAGAA